UGCUUAGAGAGAUCCUGGAAAGCCAUAAGCCUACAAAAUUCCUUUGUCUUUUCUACUAAAACUCGCCAAGUUGUGGGUCAAAAUUGACUCCUCCUCCAACUCUCUUCCUAUAAACUUCACCCUUCACGCCUCCAUUUUCAUUCUCUGCUUCGAUUUUUUCUAUACUCAUUCCAUUACCUUCUUGUUUUCUUCAUAAUCAUAGUCAUAAUCAUAUAAUUCUUUUUGGGCGCUUUCCAAUUUCUUCAAUCUUUCCGUCGAUAACGACUCCAUUUUUUUCACUUCUGUAACCUCAAUCCCCAUCUCCAUCCUCUUUCUCAUAACCCCUUUUCUUAUUUUGUAAUUAACUCCAACCCCAUUUCGUUCUUUCACUGUUCCUCUCCCUCGGUUUCAUCGCUGGUCCAUAUAGCAAGAAUGGCUGCUGCAGUAUUUAACCAAUCUCUUGGGACUUUUCUUUCCCAUGGACAAGCUAACAGUACAACUAAUUUAACAAAAUUGAAUUCAAAGUGUUUCAAGGUAGAAGUUGGGGUCUUCAGAAAGAAGUCUCCUAGAUCUGGCCAUGUGAAUAUAAAAGCAAUUCAAGCUUCUUCUCAAACUUCAGUUUUUGAUCACAUUUCAUCACCUUCAAUCAACACCACUGAAGACCCGCAGAAAAAACAAAAUGAAGCAGCCUUGAUUUUGAUUCGGCAUGGAGAAUCGUUGUGGAACGAAAAGAACUUAUUUACCGGCUGUGUUGAUGUGCCAUUGACCAAGAAAGGUGUGGAAGAGGCAAUUGAAGCUGGCAAGAGAAUCAGCAAUAUACCCGUCGACAUGAUCUAUACAUCUUCGCUCAUUCGUGCACAGAUGACUGCUAUGCUUGCUAUGACUCAGCAUCGUCGUAAAAAGGUUCCCGUUAUUGUUCAUAAUGAAACCGAGCAGGCAAGGGUCUGGAGUCAAAUAUUUAGUGAAGAAACCAAAAAGCAAUCCAUCCCAGUAAUAGCAUCUUGGCGAUUGAAUGAAAGAAUGUACGGAGAACUACAGGGUCUCAACAAGCAGGAAACUGCUGAUAGAUAUGGAAAAGAACAAGUCCACGAAUGGCGUCGAAGUUAUGAUAUUCCUCCUCCUAAUGGCGAAAGUUUAGAAAUGUGUGCAGAGAGAGCUGUUGCUUAUUUUAAAGAUCACAUUGUACCCCAGCUGCAAUCUGGAAAGAAUGUAAUGAUUGCUGCACAUGGAAAUUCAUUGAGGUCCAUAAUUAUGUACCUAGACAAAUUAACUUCUCAGGAGGUUAUUAGCUUAGAGUUAUCGACUGGAAUUCCGAUGCUCUAUAUAUUUAAAGAAGGGAACUUCAUUAGGAGGGGAAGUCCUGCUGGACCUUCUGAGGCAGGCGUUUACGCUUAUACCCGGAGUUUGGCUCUCUACAGACAGAAGUUAGAUGAGAUGUUAAACUAAAAUAAUAUUUUGCCAAAUACAGGUCCUUGCUUCCAAUUGCACUGCAACUAUUAAUGACGUGCUUUUGUGGUAAUUAGAAUGCAAGGAAAAAGAAAAAGUUUGCUCGAAAAUACUGUUUUAGUUUUUUUUUCCUCGAAUGGAAAGUAUACGAAUAGUUUGUAUGAAUUAUCCUUUGUUUGUUAUUAUUAUUCCUGUUUAGGGAUUGAAUCUUUGUACCAAACUUUGUAAGGUUGAGUUAUCCCCAUUGUAGUUUAGGCAAGAGUUUAGUAAUAAUCCUUCAGAAGAAGAUGUUUCUCAA